CGCUGUGUGGCUGCAUCACUGAACGGUUGCAACGCGACAAGACGUUUUUUCCUCUCCCCCCGUUAUUAACACACUGGGGUUUAACGUAGGCUCCACAAUGGAGACUAAACCGGUCAUCACCUGCCUCAAAACCCUCCUCAUCGUAUACUCCUUCGUGUUUUGGAUAACAGGAGCUAUCCUGCUGGCAGUGGGAGUAUGGGGGAAGUUGAUGCUGGGCCCGUACAUCUCUCUGAUAGCCGACAACUCCACCAACGCCCCAUACGUCCUCAUCGGCACCGGGACCGUCAUCAUUGUUUUUGGCCUGUUCGGAUGCUUCGCCACCUGCAGAGGAAGCCCAUGGAUGCUGAAGCUGUAUGCCAUGUUUCUGUCGCUCGUCUUCCUCGCUGAGUUAGUGGCUGGGAUCUCUGGAUUCGUGUUUCGCCAUGAGAUAAAGGGAACCUUUCACAGGACGUACACUGACGCAGUUCUGAACUACAAUGCUGAGGAUGAGGCGAGCCGCGCUGUUGAUAACUUGCAGCACAAGCUGCGUUGCUGUGGAGUGUACAACUACACCAGCUGGUUUGGCAGUGUGUACUACCCCUCCAAUGGCAUUCCUGCCAGCUGUUGCUUCAACUCCUCCGACUGCAACCCAGAAGACCUCCGCAAUGCAACUCUAGCCCCGAACAAGGUCUACCACCAGGGCUGCUACGAGCUGGUCACUUCAUUCAUGGAGACCAACAUGGCCAUUAUUGCAGGCGUGACGUUUGGGAUCGCCUUCUCACAGCUGAUUGGCAUGUUGCUGGCCUGCUGUCUGUCCAGGAUCAUCACAGCCAAUCAGUAUGAGAUGGUUUAGCUGAUGUGACGUAGCAGGGAGAGGAAGAGAAGAAGAGACAAAGAGCCUUGACACAUGACGAGAGUAAAUUCCCAAAACACUAUCACACGUCUGAAUUGGAAUUUACCUCCCUCUGUCUCUCUGCCUGUGAUCUUAAUGUAAUAUCUUAAUGUAUCUUACUGUAAAGCACCAUUCCUUUACUUAACUGCUGUUGCAUCGAAGCGUUCUAUACCACACAUCCCACCGCUGCUUGAUGUAGAAGUUGCUCAUUAGCACAUAUCUCGGAUCAGUACAGCCUACAACAAGCAGGCAGACCAGAGUUGUCUUGAGUUGACGGCGGUUGGUCUCAGAUAGGCGAUUGGGCAAAACUUGGCUUCUCAGUUGGCCGCACGCAUGCUCCACCGGCCGUCAUCAGAAGACCACCGCACAUCUUUGUACAGAAUGCCAUUACUGAAGCUUGAAAGUAAUACUUUAAUAGAUAGGUUUAGUUUUGCAUUUGACUUUGCUAUUGCUCACCAUUGUAUAUUCCGAUGGUUGUGACAUUUUGUGAACUGAUCAUGCGUGCUGAGGAGGAUAUUUUACGUUUAUAUGGAAAAUAGGGAAACUGACAAAGGAGAGAAAAGGAAGAUUAGCAUAUUUUUACCUGUAGAUGAGGCACAAUAUUUUUUGGAUCUGAUAAUUUAACCCAAAAGCAGAUUAUGAUGUAAAUUACAUGUUAGAAUUGAAGUUCGGUAUCAAUUAAAGUCUUAAGAUUAACUGUCAGUUAAGAGAUUUCAUUGAAAUGAACUGAUUUCGCUAAAAAAUCCAAUUUUAAAUGCUGGUGGCCCAUUUUAGGCUGUAAAUCAACACUAACACUCGAUUAUCUUAAAGGUUUGUGUGCUUCAAAUGUUGUAUUUCGCAUGAGGUGUCGUCUAAAGGUAAAAAUAGUUUAUGGCGGUUUGGAACAGCGGGAGGAAAAAGUUAGAGAUACAGUGAAUCAUACAAACAGGGAUAACAGCGCACACUUUCUCUUUUCAAAGGCAUACGUAGUGUUACAUUGUGUUGUCAGAUGAAAACUGAUGGAUUCUUCUGUGUGAAUAAUAAAGGAAGAGAGAUUGAGAGAGAGAAGGUUUAAAUCCUGCCAACUUUCACACCUCCACACAUCUGGCCAAUUUGUGUGCAGCUCGACGAUCCAACAAGCACUUCAUUUGAAGCAUACUGACACCUUAGUGGUGUUUCAGUACUUGUCUUUCUGGUUUAUGUUAAAGCGACUGACUAAAUUCCCAAAUGUCAAGAUUUAGCUUUAAUGAGCAACUUAACACCAGCUGAAAAUCUUGUUGUUUGCCGACCUCCAGAGGCUUGAGUUCUCACCUUGUUGCAGUGGUGUCGAGGUGGUUACAGGUGCAACAAAACAAGGAUUCUGGGUGUUUAUAGGUUGGAAAAUGUUCAACCAGAAGAGGUCAGUGAAACGCAGAUUUUCAGCCUGUUAGGGUCAUAUCAAAUCAUAUCAAUUGUUUUCUCAUGGUGGAAUAUAAUGUAUGUUUCAGUGAGAGAAGUCGACAUUAGAGAUACGCGGGACUCCAUCUAGUAUUUACCGUAUUCUACGUAGUGCAUCAACACGCCAUCAUCACCAUCACCUGUAGAUAUUUAUCGGAAAUGUAAUUUAUAUGAUGUAAUGUUUCUCAUACUAAUAUAUGCUAAUCAGUAUAAAUGUCGUGUCGCAGUUUUGAUUCCGCACUUUGUGCUGUUAAUCCGUAUUCGUUUGAUAGUUUAUAGGAAACUCGCACUGGAAAAGUAAUUGUGGCCAAUGUUUUGUUGGUAGUAACGUGCAACAUGUAGGUGUUUCAAUUUAGCUGUAUAUUUAUUAUGGUUUGGUUGGCAUUAAGUUUACAGUUUCACUAAGGGAUUUUCUAUCUCUCUUUCAGGAUGCGUGUGCGAGUGUGUGUGAUUUUCUCUCUUUAUUUGACUGUCUCCUUAACCUUGAGUGUGUAUUUUCCUUGUGUGUGUGUGUGUGUGUGUGUGUGUGUGAGAGAGAGAGAGAGAGAGAGAGAGAGAGAGAGAGAGAGAGAACAUCUAGAUUUUGUGGAUCCUGUUAUAUUUAAAUUUUGGUCAGUAUUUGGUUGUGACAUUUCAAACCUUUAAUGCUUUUAAAGCUGUAAAUUUAUUUAGUGAAUGUAUGUUUUCCCUUACCCCAAACUGAUAUUGUCCUGUAAAUACUAAAUUGUAAUACCAUCCUGCUUACACAUGGGGUCACCAGACACUCAAAAAGAAUUGCACCAUGCUGUCUACUAUUGACUAAGUCACCAUCAGUGGUCUUAUUAUCAAUAAAUAUACAGAAUAACAA